AUGUGGAUUACCUUCAGGGGAGCCAUUGGUACUCCUGGUAGCAACCUCACCACGCACACCCUCGCCAAUCCAAAACUUGUGACGGGUAAAGCUCGGUCAAAGCCACCUAUGGCCUAUCCUCCACAUCACCACAUGCAGCACGAGACUGUCACAUCCAUGGAGUCUCUGCUCGCAAUCAGGAGGCGUUUUGCAAGCCACCAGCAUUCCUUCUACCGGUGUUGA